AUGGUUGUCACGGAGAUCAUUGAUUUUGGUGGAGAGCCACUCAAUGUUAAAAACUUGAUCCGAAAAGUCGCUGUGGCUCUUGAGGGAGUGAAGAAUUCCCAACACAUUGCUUUCGGCACAAAAGUCCAGGAGAAUGGCGCUCAGAUCUUGUCAGAGUGGGAUGGUGCUCAGGACGGCACAAACCCUUCAAGAAUCCAGGAGUACAGCUCCUUUAUAAACUCUGUUCGCAGUUCCGGUGGCGAGCUCCAGAGCCUUUACCACGUUGCCUUGAAUCGAUCAGCAUUCGGAACGGAUGGCCCCGCCACGGGAAACAUGAUCGAGUAUGUGCAGAACUACUUUCCAGCUUCUCGUGUCACACCAGAGUUUCGGAAACGAGUCGAAGAUGAUUUUCUUAAGUUUGAUGAAAUUUAUACCAAGGAGGUACGAGUGGAUACGAGUGUGGCAUAUGGCUGGGUGCUGGAAGAACAAGACCAUGAGAACGUCAAGGGUGAGAAGGCCCGGUGCUUUUUGGUUUGUAGGGGGUGGGAAAGUAUGGACCAUUUCGAGCAAUCUGUGAAGACUGAUGCCUACAAGAAGGCUAUACCAAUACUACUAGCGUGGAACGCACCAUGGAAGAUGUGGCAUGUCGAGCAGAAAGUCAUUAAAUCUACUACCUUCGCGUAG